AUGAAGGGGUACUACAUUUUAGUGCUUAUGUUUUUUGUCCUUAGCCAAAAACAAAUAUUUGUAGAAAGCAUUAUACAAAAGCAGGAUGUGUACUUGGAUGAUGAGUUCAAAAGUUUUACAUAUUUUUUUGCUUCCUCCCCAUCUGCCAAUUUCUUGUCUAGAAUUGUCCAUAGUGAUUCAUCAAGAUUUGUUCAAGUGAAUAAUAAAAUAGAUAUAUGGAGUAAAACGGUAGAUAAGGCAUACUCAAUCAAUCAAGUUUCCAACGAAAUCAUGAGGACUUACAUUUCUCUUCUGCUUUUACUGUUAUGCCCUUAUUUUGCCUUCAUUGGAAUAUUCGGUCAUACAAGAAACCAGACAACCUUAACGUUGUCAUCUAUAUGGGCUUAUUUCACUCUUUUAACUGUCUUUUAUUUAACUAACGGGAUUUUAAAUAUCGGAUUUGUCUGUUCCUUGCCACUAGUAUUUGGAUUAUUCGCUUUCAGUAUAGCAAACUCGGAUUGUACAAUUAAAACUUUAUACAAAUACACUCGAUAUAUGUUUUGCUUUGUUGUUGCUAAGUUGAUAUACGACACUGUAACAAAUGUAAGCGGAGAUGGAGCAAAUUCUUUCGACUACGGAUUCAGCGGAAUUAUAUAUAUGAAUUUAUUCAGAGGGAAUUACUAUUUCGUCUUGAAAAUAGUUCAUCUAAUUGUGCUUAGCGUUUUAUCGCUAAUUAUUGUUAAAUCAUUUCCAAAGUUUUUUUCGACGAAUUCUUUGCAAAGUCCCAUAUCUAUACUACUGGACAAGUACAUUGUAUCCACUUUAUGCUCAUUACCUAUUGCCGCAUCCCUUACCCAAAUAUUUUACUUAACAAGCAAAACGAUAAACCCCAUAGACCCAAGCAUAUUUUUCAUGAUUCCUAGUUCCAUAAACUUUUCUUCAAUAAGCACAAUUUUUUCAUUAAUUACAUGGGCAAUAACAACUUAUGUAUUAGUUGUACUGAGAAAUCAUGUGGAAACGGAUUACAACCAUAUUUUAAAUAAAAUUCCAACGAGCAUCAACGAAUUUUUAUAG